AUGAAAGCUGGUCAGUCCAUACGUUGCCUAUUUUGGGCAGUUUUGUAUUGCGUUCUUUACUUGGUGACAGCAUCUGAAGAUGAUGUUAUGGAUUUUGAUUUUUCCGACUUAAAAGAAAUCGACUGGAAUUAUAAUAAUGAAAAUGCUAGCAACGAGAUGACAACAACGAGUGAUAAAAAGGUGCAAAGUAAUUAUAUUACCUUUGAUGAUUUCGAUGAUGAGGAUAAUCAAGUGAAUCUGUUUGAUUGGCGUGAAAAAAUAUUGAAAAUGGCUUUAUCAAAAGCAUUAACGAACGCUAGUUUAAGACAAAAGUUUGUAGAAGUAAUGCCCAUAUUACGUGUCCUGUCCUCACCACAGCGACUGGCUUUAUCUGCACUCAUAUCAGCACAAAUUAAUGCAAAACAAGGUCAAGAAUUAAAACUGGAGCAGGUACGCAUGAUGUUUGGCGAUGAUAAGAAAUUGCUAAUACCAAUUGUUUACGACAUAGCCAACUUGGUGCGCAAUUCAGCAAGAAAAUAUAUUAAAAUUAACGAAGAUGAAAGUCCAGCAGUCCCACAACAGCAAGAAAUAAACAGACGUAAAUUGGAUUUGACAUCGCUGGAAGUUGAAGACGAUGACGCCACGAAAGAUGUGGGCACAAUACAAGUAACCAAAAAUGACAAUAAUGAUGACGAUGAAUUGGAAGAUUUCCUUAAAGACUUUCAUGAUGAUGUUUUGGAUCCCAUCGAAAUAAAUAAAGAGUUACAAGAAACAACAGAUAGUUUCUCAAAUAACGCAGACACAAUAACGAUAAAAGCCAAACGGUAUGCAAAACGUGACAAACGUUCACUACAAGGCACAGAUUUUGUGCAUAAGCUAAUACGUUCAGUACCAUUGUCGGUGAACGAAGACGAUUUGUUAAGCGGUGCAGCAGGGCGUACAAUCAAACUGAACACAACUGCAUUUGCAACAAACCAACCCACAAGCGAAUCAUUGCAAUCUGCAUCUGCAUUAUCAUAUCAAGAAAUCGAAGAUCUCGCCUUUGCCAGUUUGAAUGGCACAGAAUUGAAACUGACUGGCACGUCGGAAGAUAACAAAGAAAACGCAGAGCCACUGCCGAAUCCUGAGGAGCUCAUCGCUGGUCCACGUUAUCGUGUUAGUAGCAGCAAAUUACGUCCAACAUACGCAAAAGGUGCCAAACGCAAACGUGUGCAGGUGCGCACGCGUCCGAACUCACCACCACACCACGCAGUCACAUCGGCUGUGCAAAAAAAAUGCGAACGCUUUACCGCUUCCAUGUGCCUACACACCGAAGAUUAUCCGCUCGAACAAAUCAUGGGCAGCAUCCGGCGUCACAAAAAUGCCAUGAGCGCACUAUUGGCGGAGUAUCAUGACAAAUACAGCAAUGCGGACUUGGGAGAUGAGUUCGAUGAUUUUGCUUACACAAAGAAAAGGCGUGAAGAUAGCAACAGUGGCGGUGGGAUGUGCCAAAGCAUUGUGCGCUAUGCACGACCACAAAAGGCUCGUUCAGCUUCUGGCGAGUGGAAGUACAUAGUAAAUACAGGGCAGCAUACACAAACACUGCGCUUAGAAAAGUGCACAAGUCCACAAGAUAGUUGCUCUUACUUGGCACACAAUUAUCGUUCCCACUGUGCGCAAGUCUAUAAUUACCAUCGUUUGCUAAGUUGGGACAAAACACGUGGCCUGCAUGUUGAUAUAUUCAAAGUGCCCACUUGUUGCUCUUGCCAAAUCGAUGGUUAUCGUCAACAAUUUCCCCCUUUAGAACAGUCAAAAGCCAAAGAAUAUCAAACAUCCUACCAUAACGAACCGUAUUCUACAAUUAACGAUGACUUAGAUUAUAACGAAGAAGAUGAUGAAGACGACUUGAGUUACCAGUACAGUAAUGGUUUCAGUCAUCAUAAACCAUCCGAUAGUUUCGACGAUAAUGAGUUGCUUUUGGGCAGCAAAAAAGUACGCACAAAAGUUUUUCCCCCACCUGGUUCUACUAUAGGUUCCUAUUUAAGUCCUCCCGGAAGUGAUGAGUAUGACACGAACUACGCUUACAAAGCACAACGUGGUAAAUCAUCUUCAUAUUAUACUUCCACUGCGCCCUCAUUACCCACAACAUCCAAGAACUUACUGAGUCAUUUGGCGCGCCGACGUCCCUAUAAAGUAUACAGCAGCCGUGUUGACAGUGAUGCGUUAGCUGAUCUGGACAUAUCACCUAGUGAAAAACAUGCGGAUAAAGAGGUAAACAUUUUUGGCACACCAAUCAUUGCCAAUGAUAGAAAUCGUUUGCCUCAAAAACGGAAUCAAUUUUAUUCUGUGCCCCAUACAGCUACCAGCACCACCAUCAUUACCGCAGACGCCACCAACACCAUUAGUACCAUACCAACAGCUACAGGAACCAUACCAGACAAACGCAGCAAUAGCAUUGCCACCACUACCCACCAAACGGAGGGAACGAGCACGUCCAACAAUGCGCCCAGUGGCGGCAAUACGUACCAAAACUCUGGCAGCAGCAGCAGCAAAACGAAGUCACGAUUUUAUCCAUCCGCGCCAGAUGUAUCGCCCGCGUUUACGCCGACAACACAAUCCACUUACUACUAUAAACAGCCCACAGCAACGACAUCAGCACAUCCAUCCAUCUACCAUGUGAAUGCCAUUUACGAUUAUAACGGUCAUGAUGAUAUCAAUGGUGGCAGUGGUCCGAAGCGUAUCAACUACAAUUAUCAUCCCAUUAUAGACUUCUUUGAAAAUCACAAACAAUUUGUUGGCGCUCCUGGUACUUCAGGCUCCAUAACUAAAACAACAACAACAAAAACAAAUCCAAUCGCUAAAACGACUUUGAACACUGUUGCCAGAGAAAUGCUUUAUCCACAUAAAAUACCAAAGUCUACACCGUUCGGACUUGGCCAUCAACAAGUCCGCGAACGUAGAAUUGGUUAUGGUGCUGGUGGUGGUAGUCAUAGUAUUGGGGAGGAUAAUGCAUGGCAUCCAGUGGUUAUGGACACUUAA